AUGGCUUCGGCGUCGGGCGACUCCAAUCCGCAUGCCACCUUCAAAUUCCCCGCUUUCCAGCCCGACCUACUUCCGACUUACGAGGAGGAAGAGCCCUUCGGCAUCAGCUCUUCGCGCACCGCUAGCCCGAACCACGCAGCACAGCCAAAUGGCCAUGCGCUUCCCCCCGAUACCAGAUGGCAGCCGCGCAGGGACCAGAAAUGGACACAGGGACAAGGGCAAGCCAAUGGCUCGGCGCAUGCCCAUGGGCGACAGAAGAGCAUCUCCGAGGCCUUCAGGACGAUACGGACGCGAAAGGCGAGCGUCAGCCAGAAUGCUGCUGAACUCGCCGAUGCUUUGAGAGCCCCCGUGUCUACAAAGCUUGUGCUGCUGUGCUUAUUCUGGUACAUGACCUCCAUUUUCACAAACACCUCAUCCAAAGCCAUCCUCACGGCUCUACCGAAGCCAGUGACUCUCACACUUAUACAGUUCGCUUUUGUCUCGGGAUGGUGUUUGGUUCUGGCCGCACUGGCAAGGCGAUACCCCAGACUGAAGCAGACUCUGCCUUUCUUGAAAUACGGAAUCCGUCCACCGUCCCGAGAGCUGAUCAAAACCGUGCUGCCUCUUGCGCUCUUUCAAGUUGGCGGACAUGUGAUGAGUUCUGAUGCCACGCGCCGGAUUCCCGUAUCCUUGGUACACACCAUCAAGGGAUUAUCUCCGCUGUUGACCGUUGGAGCCUACCGUAUAUUCUUCCGGAUUCGAUACUCGAUUCCCACAUAUCUAUCCCUGAUCCCGCUUACCCUCGGUGUCAUCUUGGCAUGCUCUGCCGAUUUUAAUGCCAACUUUGUUGGGCUGAUUAUGGCUUUUGCAAGCGCCAUCUUGUUCGUCACACAAAAUAUCGUUUCCAAGAAACUGUUCAACGAAGCUGCAGCAGCUGAGAAAGAUGGUUUCGUUUCGAGCCGAGCAGCAAAGCCAGACAAGCUGAAUCUGCUCUGCUAUUCAUCUGGUCUCGCACUCCUGCUAACAGCUCCGCUUUGGCUGUGGUCCGAAGGGUUCACCUUGCUGCAUGAUUUCUUCAGCGAUGCGUCCAUAGACCUUUCCAACAAGCCUGGCGCAUAUGAUCACGGUCGUCUGCUUCUCGAGUUCCUGUUCAACGGCACCUUUCAUUUUGGACAGAACAUCGUGGCCUUUGUUCUCCUGUCCAUGAUUUCUCCAGUCACAUACUCUGUUGCCAGUCUCAUCAAGCGUGUUUUUGUCAUUGUAUUUGCCAUUAUUUGGUUUGGAAAACCGGUGACCGGAGUCCAAAUGUUCGGAUUUCUCCUGACAUUCUUGGGAUUGUACCUGUACGAUCGCACGUCGGAUGCGGCGAAGAAGGACAAGCAGGCGCGGGCACUCCAGUCCAAAGCAGAGGGAGCGCUGCUGCCUCUCACUACUGACGGUCUCCCCCGCCCCAACUUCACUGCCAGCCCCGCUACGUUCUCAGCCGGCGGAGCCUAUCCCAUGGUCCCUAGAGAGGACAAGAGAGACGACGAUGUGGGUCCCUCUGCCCGGCCACGUGGGAACUCAACACAGCGCAAGUGGCUGCCGCCGCCUGGCUCCAAACAGGGGGAGACUUGGAUAAACAACAAAUCUGCCGGGGUGGGCGUGUCUUAUGGCUGA